CGAACCAAACGACGCGCCUUUUUUGUUUACCGGUUGUUUGCGCUACUAACUGUAAACGGACGAAGCGGAAUGGACAAGAGCAGUGGAAGAGGUAGCCAGGGAAGCGGCAGCUACAUGGACCAGAAUUCGCUGGGCAUCCUAAACAUGGACAACCUUAAGGUCUUUGGUGAUCUGUCCAGCUUCAGUAAGAGCAGCCGGAGGAGCGGCGUUAGUCGGGACUCUUCCGGCGUCCACGAACGCCUGCGGGAAGAGCGGAUGCGUGCCCUGGAGACCCUGGAGAAACCUCGCCCCACGCGUCCCAGCCAAGCGAAGAGCACUGCCCUCCAAAAGCGCUCCACCACAAACAUCUCGGAGCUGGUGACCGACGAGACCAUCGACCUGAACAGCAGUGUCUCCUUUGCCCUGGCCACGCCCGCCCCCAAGGGCACCAACAUAUCCUUUGAGCCCGCAGAGAUCACUGGCAGAUCAACCCUCUGCCAGGGGGGCAAACAGCGCCGACGGGAGAAGCCAUCCCUUUCCGUGGCCGAAAUCCUCAAAUCCUCCUUCGUGGAGAAGGCCCGCCUGCUGGAAAAGAAGCUGCACGAUGCCAGCCAGCUAGAGGCCAGCUACCAUUUGUCCCGGGCCAACUCCAGCAGUGUCACGGACUCGUUCAGCUGCUCCCGCAGUUUGCCGCGCACUGCGGAUAUGAGUGACCUCAGUCUCAACGGCGGAGGGGGAUUCUCUUUUGGCUCCACCUCGCUGGCGGAGGCGGCUGGCCAGAAUGAGAGCUUCGCCCCCGCCGAGCUAAUGCAGUCCAAGUUGGUGCUGGGCGAAAUCUCGUGGGCUCAAGAGUUUACGGCCAUGCCGACGGCUACUUUGAGCACCCAGGCCAUGCAGAAGAUCGCUGCUCCGCCACCCACAUCCGAAAUAGAAACCUCUGUGUCCAACUCUGUCUUGGCCGGAGAUCCGGAUUUCUCUCUGGGGAACUACUUUCAGACGCGCUCGGAGAACAUAUGGAACAUAGUGAGGGACGACAGCCCGGAUCGCAGUCGUUCUAUUCAGGCACUACGAGAACCAGAACCAAACAUGACUCUGGAGUCCGUAGGCGAGAAGACACCGCAGCCGGACAAUAAGACCUACACCAAGACGGACGCCAUUGCAGACUCGAAUUUGGGACGCAAUCUUAUGCGAAAGAAGCAGCAAGAUCGUAUUCAGACUGUGCUGAAGGCCAACAAUGGCCUGGCGGCUCAAGAGCCCAAGCGCCCGCCCUCAAGUUCCGAGAUCCUGAGUCUCUCGGCCAUCGAUAAAGCUCUAAGGGAUAUCGAUCUCAAUUCGGAUACAUCCACCGUGGAGGUAGUCAACCACCUAUGGGAGCGUGGUCGUGGGAAGAAUUACGAAAACGAGGAGAACAAGGAGAACCAGAGCCGCGCCUCAAAUGCGGAGCGCACUCUGUGCUCCAACAAGCUCACGGACACCAUGAGCUUCACGGACUCUGUACUGAAUUCCACGGACUUUCGUCACCUCCAGGACAGCAUCUCGCGCAAACCUCUCAGUCCGCUGGCGGACCAGCCGCAGAUCACCAUCAGCCGUGCGGAAACCGAACCCGUGGAGACGGAGGUCGAGGCCGACAUCGACGAGUGGCCCUCGACACCGGUGAAGGAGCCCAGCCGCAGAGUGAGGCGUACUAAGAUUUCACCCCGAACCGCCAGUCCGGCGAGCAGCGAUGGACUACGUCCUUUAACCUGCACCGAGGACGAAAACGAUGACGAGGACAAGACGCCGGUAAACAAGAAGAGGGUCUCGAUCUCCACAGUGGGCCUGAUUCCUCGCAAUCCCUCAUCCUUGAGCAGUACUCGAUUGGAUGGAUGCGAUGUCGCCGUUGCCUCUUCCACCGAGCGCGACUUCGGCAUUUCCCCGAACCUGGCCAAGAACCUGUCGCCCAUGUCCUCGCCGAGAAGCUGCCUCUCGUCUCCACUGCUGGACAGCACCACCAGUUCCGAGCGCCGGCAGCUGAUGAGCGGUGCUGUCCGCAAGGCCAACUCUUCGCCAGCGGGAAGCGAGGCGAGUUCCACCAGCGGGUUUACCACGAGCGGAAGACGUGGACCUGGUUCCAGCUCUACCACUGCACCGCGUAGUGUGUCGCGAUGCUCCAACUCCAGUGAGUUUAGCCACCGGGACGGCAAGCUGCUCCCCUUGAAGGUGACCCACACUAGCCUGUGCUGGGGCAGCACCAAGCUGCGAACAGACGUGCGCAAGUCCAUGCAGGUGAAGAACACGGCGGACAAGCGACUUGUCAUCCGGCUGGGCAUCCAGGGACCCGGCUUCCAGCUCGUGGGCACCGAAAGCAGCACAAUCACACUGCAGGCCAUGGAAUGCCGCUCGGUGGUGAUUAACUUCUGUCCCACUGUCUGUGGAGCGGCCAUCGGGGCAUUGUCCUUCUAUGCGCCGUCAGGAGCCCACAACAGCAGCCAGCCUGGCCUAGAGAUUCCGCUGUACGGCUACGGCGGCAGUGCGUCCAUCACCAUACAGGGUCUGCUAAAGGGUCCGGUGGGCGCCAGCUUCCUCACCAUCGGCGAUGUAUGCGAGCUAUCCGCCGGUCCCCUUUCGGCCAGUCUCCGGUUCCACAACAAGGGCCCGCUAACCGCCUUUGUGGGCAUCUCAGUGGACUCCACCGUGCUGAUGAAACUGCGCUUGAGCGAGGCCUUCGAUGUGCGGCCUAGCCGAAUGAUCCUGCCGCCCAAUAGCGAGGGUAGCGUGCAGAUCGUCUUUCGACCGAAUCGCGAGGACUUGAAGAACAUACUGAAGAAGACCGCCCAGGUGCUGACGCUGGCCAACAUGCGAAUUUUCUGCGGGGACGAGCCCAACAGACAGCGCAUGCGCAGCCUGGUCCAGAGGAUGAGCUCCCGGCAGCGGGAGAAGCUCACCUCCCCGAUGCUGGACAGCAUCUGGGGCGGAUUUCCGGAAGAGCAGCCAGUCCGAAACAUAGGCCUGCUCAACGAGCCGCCCGAAUUCAUCCUCGAUCUGGUCACUGUUGUGCGAAUUAUCGAUGUGGCACUCACCCUCAAUCGGGACUUCGACGAGUCCUCCGAGAGCUCGCUAAUGUUCCUGCCGGAAGCCGAGGAAACUGUCUUAUUUCGGACGAUCUGUGUGCCUAGUUCGCCAACGCCAACACAGAGCAAUCUGCUGGAGCCCGUGGAUGAACUGUUGGAGGCGGACACCACUACCCUAAUGCCCGUUGAGAGGAAUUGGUCCGUGGAACCCACCUCGCUGGAAUUCGAUGCCGGCGGAUCUCCCCUGGCCACUUUGUCCGUCACGAACAGCUUUCGCUCCAGGCAGCUCAUCGAGGUGAGCUGCAGCAUCCCGGAGCUGGUGCGGAUCAGUCCCAGCGAGUGCUAUGUGGCUCCGGAUGGCGGUCGGGUGGAGAUCGAUGUCCGCCUGCUCCGCUCGCCCAGGCGCGAUUUGCUGGAGAAGGAGCCUCUCAUCAUGGUCUCCAUGGAGAACGAGCGCAUCAAUGUGCCACUUAGCUUUAAGUUUUAAAUCGUAUCUGUGCCUGCUAAUUGCGUUUGCCCUUGUUUAUGUAUUUGUACUGUUAAAAAAAAUUGCAUUGUAUUGUCGUAUGUGCUAAUGAAAUAAAA